AUGCUGCGGCGCAAACCCACCGCGCUGACCGUCACCAACGAAGACAUCGCCGCGUUUGAGGAGGCGUACCUCCGCCGCCUCGCCUACGCGAGGUACCUCAAGACCGGCGAGGAUCCCGAAGGUCUGUUCCGCAACGGCGGCGCGGGGCCAGGCGUGGGCGUGGACGGGAGGAUAACGACGACGACCACCGCCGGCGAUGCACGCAACAUGCGCGGAUCUGGCGCCGACGUGGGCGCCGCCACAGGGGCGCAGGUGGCGAUCGAUCCGAACGACGAGCUUAAGCCGCUACCUGGGGACAAGGCCAGGAUUGUGAGGAGUCGGGAGGAGAGGAUCAUGGGUGGUGCUGGAGGUGGAGGAGGAGGAGCAGGUGCACGGUGA